CCGUCAAGUCAAGGAUCGCACAUUGAUCGUUAAAUGCUUUAGAGUGUUACAAACCAAACUGCUUCUCUUAGCUCCCUCAUCGUCGCUUCGUCGUAUGUUCGCUUUGGAUACCGUUCCAUGUUUUUGCUCAUGUCGAUAUGAUUAGGAGUCUACAAAUACCCCAACAGUUACAUGGCUUCCUUAACAACACAGGCCGACGCCAUCCGAAGCGCCGUCGCGUCCACACAGAGUUGCACUCCCACUGUAUCAGCUACAUUGAAAAAGCUACUGCUCGGCAAAGACAUCGAAUCCAUUGAACCGAAGACCACCACAACCAAGGCUCGAGCCACGAAACCAGUGACAGUAAAACCCGGCGUGGCAGCCAAACGACCUAGAGCUGCAGCGCAAAUUGUACAACGAAAAGAUGGGCAGGAUGGAGUUCUCUCCCCUAAAGAGAAGGCAGUCUUGGCUACACAAGUCAUCAACGCGACGCUCAAGGCCUUGGGCGAUGCUGCCAAAACCCCUUCGGCACCUCGAUCACCAGCCCCAGGCAAGCUCGUCCAAACGGCAAGUCGCAAGACACUGCGACGAUCGAAUUCAGUGCCCAUGACGCCGCUUCAGCCUCGGUCACUAAAUAGGGUGUCAACCACACCAGGAGGAAACACCAGGACUUGUCGGUCACCGUCUACAACGACAGCUUCUACAGGUUGCCUGGCUACAGUGGAGUGCGCGCGGGUAGCAUUUGCGACUCUGAGAACUUUGUCAACCGCCGGACAGGUUAUGCUUCCGGAGUUGCAGUUGGAGUCGGGGAGUUCCUCAUUUGUGAACAAACUGAUUGCUCUGGAUCUCUUUGAGCAUGCCUUGAAAGAGUUGCGCCUAUUGAAGCGACGCCUGGAAACCUUGAGUGGCAUAAAAAGCGCCAAGGCCACCACGAGUACAGAUGCUGCAUCUAAGACACUUUCUGAACUAUUCGACUACUCAACGGCAAAUGCACGGGGGCCAGUGCUGGGACUGAUCAUUACAGCCCAGCUCCAAGCUUUGCGCAUCCUCUACGGUUUAAAAAAGUCAUCCUGUCUAGACUCCGCCCUCCCUUUCCUCCGAGCAAGCCACCAGUCUUCACCUUUGAAGUUGCUACUGCUUUCCCUACAAGACAAAAAUUCCGACCGGUCAAAAUGUGCCCGGCAACUGGACAGCUUAGCGCAGAGUCUCCUAUCCUUGACCCCUAGCUUAUCAACGAAGGAUGACGGUGUAGCGGUCGAGCCAAGACUGAGUCCUUCACCUACAACAGCACUGGAAAUCCAGACGCUCGCUUUUACCAUCAGGCUCCAUUCGUGGGGUCUGUCAGGUCACAGGGGGGAUGUGAACAAGGAGGUGUUACUUCCUCUAUCCAGAUGCUUGGGAGCGUACGCAAGAAGAAGCUCCUCAGACGCGCACUCCAAUCAUGGAGUCGUGGAUGCAGCGUUUGCUCACGUGUGGCAACGCAUUCAGGCGCUGGAUCUCAGGCCAUCCGAGUCAUCGAAGUCUCCAUUAGCAAAUAUUUACCAAACACUAGGGACUGUGUCUCGAGAAUCUGGCAAUGUGAAGGAAGCGAUAAAAUGGAUUGGGAAGCUGAAGGUCUCGACGAAUCCCAAAGAGGACUCACCCGCUCUAUGUUGCUCGGUGGCAGCUCAGUUACUUGCACUUUCUCUCAAGCAGUCGCGGCAGGUGGAUGAGAGCUUGGUUAGGGAGGUAUUGGACGGGCUGCAAGGCUCAUUAAGUGGUAAUACCACUGAGCUGGAUGAUCUUCUCGUCAGCAUAUGCCAGGCACGCAAGGCUUCUAUGAGUAUCGUGCUAGGGGACGGAGAAUUAUGUCCGGUUCGGCACCUUCUCGAUUCUCUGAUUUUCCAACUUCCGCGUUUUGCUCUCCGAUGGCUAGGUAAACCACCUGCCACUGCUGGCUCAACGAAAGAUUUCCUCCGGUUCGAACAACGACGUCAACUUCUUUCCAAAUACAUACAACACAUACUCGACUCUGCGCUAAUGCUGACAAAAAUGCGACUAGAUGGUGGAAAUCUAGCAUGGGAUCUCAUGGACUCGAUGCUCUUGGACAGUCUGGCCCUGCUCGAGAAUAUGGGUGACGUAGCUGUUCUGAACGCCAAGACUAGCCCAGUUGCAUCCUAUCACGUUAAAAUCUCGCAUUUCUACUACCAACAGCACAUAGCCCUGCGGAAGCAGACAUCUGGACCCAAGGACACAUCGUGUCUGCGAGCCCUCCGUCGAUCGAUUGACUCAGUCAAGCAACGUACGGAGGCCGAACAAGUGAAAGCUCAGAUGGUGAUGAAACAAGAGCGACUGGCAGACUUGUGCAAGACAUGCGGGAGAAGAGAGGACGCAGCCGAUGCGUUACGAUCCAUUCGAGAUGCUCUUGUUCGAGACGAAGUUGUUGCGGACAUCACAUCGGCCUCAUCCACGCAACCUCCCGCAAUGGCAUGGCGGCUGAACAACAAAACCGAAACGUUAUCGCGCACAGUUUGCAAUUUGGCCAAACUGGAGUGCAAUCCUUGCGAUUGGACAUGGCUAUUGAGCGGUGUCGACAAAAUCACAGCGCUUGAACAUGAUCUCUGCUUCAUCUUCUCAGGGGAUAGCGUUCCUAAACAAGCCGAGCUGAGCGAAUCAUUGGUUGACAGUCUGCUCAAUCAUUAUUCUUCAGAGAAAUACCCACUGCGGAGGCUCAGGACGUUGCUACAGCUACUUGCACGGUGUAUGCGUUGUCACAACGACGCAAACAGGUGGAUGGACGAAGCGAAGGGCCUGUCCCAAGAUAUAGCAACCGACAAACUUGGGGAGGAUUCCGGAUUAGCCCGCUACAUACCUCAUCUUCAAGCUUCAACCGCAUGUACAGCUGCCUUAUUCGACUCUGCACCAGGCUCGCCGGCCGUCAGGCAGGCACUGAUGACCUGGACAUCAUUGACCACGGAUUGUCAGUCGGCAGAAGAGUUGUAUAAACAGAUCGACGAUCCCUCUCAGCUUCUUGCGAACCUUCAGUCUCUGGCGGAUUUCGCGAGAAUGAAAGGUUUCGACACGUUGCUCGUCUCGAUAUUGGAGCUUUCGACAACUGUAUCUCGACUCGUCGCCACCAGCAAGCCGGAGUUCAUGAUGACUCAGAACACUGCUUUGUGUUUGCAGCACCUGAAAAUUGGACACUCGUCCAAAGCAGAAAAUAUUCUGGAGAUGUGUCGCGAGUACUUAUCCCUGCCAGAGCUAUCCUCUGAUGUAGUAGCAAGUUUUCACCUAUGCGCCGCCGAAUAUCACAUGGCUGUCGGGAAGUUUGACCAAGCCGAAAAACAUCUGACGGAAGCACAAAUUUCCGCAAGUUCCGAGUCUUCUUCGAACCCGUCGAGGACCAGCAGAAUCACCAGGAAGACAUCAAUCGCAUAUGCUUAUUUUCUGCAUUCCAUGCUGGCGCUCGAGCGGGGCAACUCGCACCAUGCUCUUAACUACGCGAAGAGUGCAGUACGAAUUCUCUUCCAUGAUUGGACUAGAUUGGAAAGUUUGAGGCGCCCAAGCGAAGGACAUGUUGAUGAAGCAUCACAGACGGAGGUGUCACAAUUUGAGACUACAGAAGACGAGUCAUCUAUCAGUAGUUCUCGUUCAGCGCAAACCGAAACCACUCGUGCAAAGACCAGCCCGGAGUUUUGGGCAAUGGUUUACCCUCUGUUCCGGUUUCUGCUACGGCUCUCUUCGAUUUAUGCACACAUUGGGAUGUAUCAAGAAACGAUGUAUUAUGCAGACCAAGCACGCAAGGUCGCAGAAAGCACAGCGUCGAUCACAUACAUUUCGCAAUCCAAAACUUGGCUCGCAACGGUGGCUCUUACUGCUGGAAAAACUGAAAUAGCACUGGAAGUAGCAGAGGACGUCAGGUCGGCGUUACCAUCUCUUGAAACCACAGUUUCUACCUUCGACAUGGUGUGCCAGCUGAGUCGAAUCUUUCGGGACACACACAACUCUACAGUGGAGUCCGCCCUGAUAGACCUUGCCGACUCGAUGCUUCAGACAUUGAACAUGAACCAGAAGGCGGAAGUCAAUGAGCCCAGCUUGGAGUCGAAGAUGGAGGGACUCACCAUCAAGGAGAAGCCACGGAGAACGCGACAAACCAAAGCGAUCAGACCGACCAGAGUUGCCGCCAAGGCCGCUCCGAAGAAAGCACCAUCUAGAAAAGCAAUGUCCCCAGUCGUGGUCUGCCUGCCCAGCGUUGAGGAAGACAUCCAGCUUUCCUUCAUGCGCGCAUCUAUGCUGCAGCUUCGGUCUGCAUCGUUGCUAGGAAAGAAAGAGUGGACGACAGCUGUUGCGGCUCUAAAAGUCGCUUGUGAGCUUUCGAGAUUAUCAGCUGAUAUAUCACAGGAGCGAUUGCUCAUGGCUGUGGCUUUCAUCGGCCAAAGCUUAGAGCAAUUGGGUCGAGACUCUGUUUUCUCUGUUCUCCAGGACUCGACUCUCUCAUUCCCUUCUGUUGCAGCAGCAUUGAAAGACAAGACAGAUCGAAUGUCGCUCACAAAACCAUCUCCGCCUCGCAAGGGGCGUGCGAUCGCGCAAGAGACCCCCGGGUUUCUCGACAACCUAAGACAUGCCCAGGAUUGUCUUCUUGAGGCCCACUCGAUUGCAAGCCUCAGUGGAGAUGGUCGACUGCUCCAUCGAAUUGCAACUCUUCUCCAGAGCGUCUUCAUUCUAAUAUCAACCACCAGUCCUUCAAAGAGCGCCGUCGCUGGACAUCCUGCUCAUGCUACUUGCUCCAUUGAACUGGCUCGCAAUCUUAUAUGGCGGCGGGAAAGGAAGGCCCUCCAGCUUGAAAGUACCAAACCAGGGAAGGCAGAUUGGCCAAUACCGUUGGAUACCCCUGAUACGAAAAGAACAAGUCUAGGGCCCUCAAUCGACAUGCACCGGUUUCAGAAGGAUUUUGUCGACAUAAUCCCCAAGUCAUGGAAUGUGGUGUCUGUAUCCUUGAGCGAUGACAAACACGAUCUCUGUAUCACGAAGCUGCAAGCUGGCCACAGCCCCUUCGCCAUUCGCCUGCCGCUCGAGCGAGCAAGCUCGAGAGAUGCGGACACCGAAGUCUUCAGCUUUCAACAGGGUCGCGCAGAGCUACUUGACGUCAUACAGGUAGCCAAUCGUACGUGCCACAAUGCUCGCGACAUGAGCGCAAAGGGCGCAAAGUCGGCGUGGUGGGCAGAGCGGGAGGCUCUGGACGAACGCAUGAAGGAUCUCCUUGACAACAUUGAGCAAACCUGGCUUGGAGGCUUCAAAGGAAUCUUCUCCCAGCACCACAGACGUUCUGAUUUACUUGCUCGGUUUCAAAAAAGUUUCCAGAACAUCCUCGACAAGCAUCUUCCGUCGCGACGACAAGUGCGAGGCAGGCGGCUGAAAACGGCUCCGAACGCCAAAGUCACACUUGACCCGCGAAUCCUGGAUCUUUUCAUUGGGCUAGGGGAUGCCACUGCCUCCUCGUGCGACCUCGAUGAGCCGCUGACAGAUUUGCUCUACUUUGUUGUGGAUAUUUUGCAGUUCCACGGCGAACGAAAUGCGUACGAUGAGAUCGAUUUCGACGGAAUGGUAGUAGAGACCUUCGACGCCUUACACUCGUACCACGCGGCUGCUAAGAGCACAAAAGACGGAGAUGAUGGCGUACACACAAUCCUCGUACUGGACAAAGCCCUCCAUAUCCUCCCCUGGGAAUCACUUCCUUGCAUGCAGGGCUUAGCCAUCUCGCGAAUUCCUUCAUUGGCGUGCCUACGGCGGUCUAUUCUGGAACAGCGCUCUCACAUCCAGCCAUCCGAGGACCAAGAUGAGGAUGAACUUAUGCAAGACGCUGCCCGUGAAGGCCACCACAUCUCCUUGAACUCGGGCACCUACAUUCUUAAUCCUGGUGCCGACCUCAAAAACACGCAGCACACCUUCGGCAAACCCCUAUCCGCCCUGCCACCCGCCUGGAACGCCAUUGAAGCGCGCGCUCCGACAGAGACCGAAUUCGAGACGGCCCUCUCACAAUCCGACCUGCUCUUGUAUUUCGGACACGGCAGCGGCGCACAAUACAUCCGCGGCCGCACCAUCCGCAAGUUGGAGAAGUGCCGCGCGGUCGCCCUGCUCAUGGGCUGCUCGUCCGCAUCGCUCGCCGACGUUGGCGAGUUUGAGUGCCAGGGACCCGUAUGGAACUACAUGCUGGCUGGCAGUCCGGCUGUCGUGGGCACACUGUGGGAUGUCACAGACCGGGACAUUGACCGGUUUGCCGGACGCGUGUUCGAGGAAUGGGGUCUGACACCCAAGGGUACAUUUGCCGAGGAGACGCACGGGAAGCAGACUACUGCUGGUCGAAAGGGGAAGAAGAAAGCCGCCAUCGUUGCGGAGGAGCAAGCAGAUGGGAGUCAGACGUCACUGGUCGAGGCGGUGGGCAGGUCCCGGGGCGCGUGCCGGUUGAGGUACUUGACUGCGGCUGCGGUUUGUGUAUAUGGCAUUCCGGUGUAUAUCAAUAAAUGAGCACGGGAGAGUUAUGGACACCCCGUGGUAUGGAUGAUGAUGAGUGUUUGGUGGAAGAGACUGUACCAAGUCCAAGCUGGGGUGGUUUCAAGCCUGGAGCACCGCCUGGAGCACCUGCUAACUGCUAUGGAAGGCAAGCCAUGGGGGUAGGGGUCACAUGAGUUGAGUUACGUUGUAUACCCGAGCCAGGGGGGAGUCUAUAUGAAAUGUUAAUUGGCAUAGCGCGGCGUUUGGGCUAGAGUAGAGUAAAGAAGUU